UAUUUAUUAAACAAAAAAGUCGACCUUUGAGGCCUUGUAUGAUAAUACAAUAAACAAGUCGACCACUAACUAAUGCUACAGAAAAUCCCUAUACGAAUAACACCUCAUACGCUGACCAUCCUAACUAUUCUCUUGAAUUUAUCUCCAUUGUUGCUUCUUCUCCAACCUUCCACUCAAUACUUUUGGUUGCCUUCUCUUGCCAAACUUGACAUAGUUUUUGGUCGGCCAUAAGUUGAAGCUAUUAAGCCGAAAGGUCAUGUAAGUGGGUAUGUAACUUUUUAAAGUCACAACAGGAUUUUUAUGUCCUUUAUGUUUCAGUCAUAUGGGUGUUUUUGGUUUUAGUUACCAAUGAGAAAUCUACUGUCAUGGUUUUUCCUGAUCAUCUUUUUCGCAAGCUGCUUCAGCCAUGUAGUUUUGGUUUCUGGACAAUGUCAGAGUGAUCAGCAGUCAUUGUUACUCCAACUCAAGAACAGCCUCCUGUUCAAUUCUACUUCAUCUGUAAAUCUGGCGCAGUGGGAUCAAAACACAGAUUGUUGUAAUUGGAGUGGUGUGGAUUGUGAUGAGGCGGGACAUGUUAUUAAUCUCAACUUGAGCAAUGAAUCAAUCUCCGGUGGAAUUGAGAAUGCGACUGGUCUAUUCGCUCUUCAGCAUCUGAAUAGCCUAAAUUUGGCUUAUAAUAGAUUCAAUGCAAUUCAAAUUCCGUCCAGGCUGGCCAGUCUCACAAACUUGACUCAUCUGAAUCUUUCUAAUGCUGGCUUCGCAGGACAAAUUCCCAGUUCGAUUUCAGGCCUGACAAAGUUGGUUACACUUGAUUUGUCAAGUCUUAACUUCUUGGGAUCUUCUGUUUUGAAACUCGAGAAUCCAAACUUAAGCACGUUUCUUCAGAACUUCACAGAGAUUAGCGAACUGUAUCUUGAUGGGGUUAAUAUAUCAGCCCAGGGAAAUGAAUGGUGCAAAGCUUUAUCAUCUUCACUGCCUAAUCUACAAGUCCUGAGUUUGUCCAACUGUUUUCUUUCGGGCCCUAUCAGCACUUCCCUUGCAGAACUUCGUUCACUUGCAGUAGUCCGUUUGGAUCAGAAUAAUCUGUCUUCUACAGUUCCCGGGUUUUUAGCAGAAUUCAUGAAUUUGACCUCCCUGCGGCUCAGUUACUGUAGGCUACUUGGAACAUUUCCAGAAAAGUUCUUCCAGGUACCAACACUACAGAAUCUUGAUUUAUCAAACAACGAAUUACUUCAAGGUUCUUUGCCACAGUUUCCUCAGAAUCUGUCUCUUAGGACACUGAUGCUUAGUUCCACAAGUUUCUCAGGGACAUUACCAGAUUCCGUAGGCAACCUCAAAAAUUUGUCAAGAAUAGGGCUAUCAGAUUGCAAUUUUACAGGACAAAUACCCGCUUCAAUGGCCACUCUCACCCAAAUAGUUUAUUUGGACCUGUCAUUUAACAAUUUCAGUGGUCCGAUCCCAUCCUUUCACAUGUCCAAAAAUCUCACUUACCUAGAUCUCUCUCAUAAUCUGUUCACUGAUGCGAUCCCAUCCAGUUGGGAACAGCUUCAGAAUCUUUCUUAUUUUGACUUGGGGUCCAACUCCCUCAAUGGUAGUAUUCCCUCGUCUCUCUUUGCAAUCCCAUCAUUGCAGAAGCUUCAGCUUGCCAACAACCAAUUCAGGGGCAAAGUUCCUGAAUUUGCAGAUGCCUCUUCCUCUCGGUUGGAUACCCUAGUUUUGAGUGACAACAGACUAGAAGGGCCCAUUCCUUUGUCAAUCUUUGGGCUAAAAAAACUUGCUAUCCUCUUGCUUUCUUCCAACAACUUCACUGGAACUGUACUGCUGGAUAAGAUUCAAGGGCUGACCAAUCUUGCAAGCCUUGACUUUUCAUACAACAGCUUGACAGUGAAUGCUAGUAGUAGUGGUUCUUUCCCUCCCCAGAUUAGCACACUGAGAUUGGCCUCCUGCAACCUGAAGGUAAUUCCUAAUCUAAAGAACCAAUCAAAACUAUUUCAGUUAGAUCUUUCCGACAACCAAAUUUCUGGGGAAAUACCUAAUUGGAUUUGGGAAGUUGGUAAUGGAGAUCUCAACAGUCUAAAUCUUUCGCAUAAUUUCCUGGUGGGUCUGCAAGAACCUUAUGUUAUUCCCAAUCUCAUUGUUCUGGACCUGCACUCCAACCUACUACAAGGAAAGAUACCACUUCCUUCCCCAGAUGUUAUCUAUGUGGAUUACUCGAAUAAUUCCUUUUCUUCCAUCCUCACUGAAAUUGGUAAUUCCCUUACUUUCACCGUGUUCUUUUCCCUUUCAGACAAUAUGAUUUCAGGACCUAUCCCUGAAUCAAUAUGCAAUGCCACACUUCUUCAAGUUCUUGAUCUCUCAAACAACAGUUUCAAUGGCAAUAUACCAAAAUGUUUAACUCAAAGCAGCGAGACUCUUGGUGUUCUAAAUUUGAGAAGAAACAACCUCACUGGAAUUAUUUUUGAUACAUUUCCAGAAACUUGUGCAUUACAAACGCUAGAUCUCAAUGGAAAUCAUCUACAAGGAAUGGUUCCAAAAUCUCUGGGUAAUUGCACAAUGCUGGAGGUUUUAGACCUUGGUAGCAACCAAAUAAAUGAUACAUUCCCAUGCUGGUUAAAGAAUAUUUCCAGCUUGCGCGUUCUAGUCCUGCGAUCAAAUAGGUUUUAUGGGAACAUCAGUUGUCAAGAGAUUAAUGGUGCCUGGCCAAAGCUUCAGAUCGUCGACUUAGCUAUCAACAACUUUAGUGGAACACUACCAGGAAAGUACUUAACAACCUGCAAAGCAAUGAUGGCUGAUGAAGAUGAAGCACAGUCACAGCUCAAGCACCUUCAAUUUCAGUUCCUGAAAUUCGGCCAAUUGUACUACCAAGAUGCAGUAACAGUUACCAGCAAAGGUCUGGAGCUGGAGCUAGUGAAGAUCUUAACUUUAUUCACCUCCAUUGACUUGUCAAACAACAAUUUUGAAGGGCCAAUACCAGAAGAGACAGAACUAUUGAAAUCACUCCGUCUUCUCAACUUGUCACAUAAUGCUUUCACAGGCCCAAUCCCAUCAUCCUUGGGGAACUUACUACAACUGGAGUCCGUGGACCUAUCAGCUAACCAGCUGAAUGGGGUGAUCCCUACACAGCUGGCAAGCCUUACUUUCCUUUCGGUCCUGAAUCUCUCAAACAAUCACUUUGUGGGCAGGAUCCCAUCAGGUACUCAGCUCCAAACAUUUUCAGCAUCUUCUUUCGAAGGUAAUGAAGGAUUAUGUGGCCCUCCUUUGACAAUUAAUUGCACAACAAAUCCAAUUCAGUUACCACCUUCAGCACCAGCUUCAAGUAAGGAAUUUGAUUGGCUGUUCACAUUCAUUGGUAUUGGAUUUGGGAUAGGCUCGGCGGUAGUUGUUGCACCCCUAAUGUUUUCAGACAAAGUGAACCAAUGGUACGACGAUCACAUCAUUGACAAAUUGCUAAUGGUGAUUCUCCCCAUCUUUGGAUUGAUUUACAAGACUUCUCAUCAAAGAAGGAUUGAAGCAGAGGAAGAUCUCGAAGGCAAAAAAUCAGAUGAAGACGACGAUGAUUACGAUGAAACGGAAACCCAAGAAUUUCGCGGGCGGUAUUGUGUCUUUUGCUCUAAACUGGACUUUACAAGGAAAAGGGUUGUUCACGACCUUAAAUGUACUUGUCAUGACUCACCACCACCCAUUUCUUCUUCUACUUCCACUUCAUCCUCAUCUUCUUCAUUGGCACAUUUUGAUCAAAGUUGAGCUUUCUUUA